UGGGAUAGAUUAUUAAAAAUUUCGAUAUUUAUGUAUUUAAUCAUUGAAAUCUUAUUGUUAUUUAUGAAGUCCAUCAAUGGAGAUUCGGAUCUGGUUGUAUCGAGUUCCCCAUCGGAAUAUAGUUUAACUGAGUUAAGAAUAGAUUUUUCUGAGGCAGUGGCGGUUGCAGCUGACAAAGAUUACGCAACGGAUGAACUAGUUAUUGCACAGGAAACUUCCGCAGGAAUAAGUGGAACUAUCCUAGAGCAACCUGCUGAUGAUGUCAUAAAUAUGUAUAAUCUUGGUUUGCCAGCAUCUUCUUCAUCUCUUAUGAAUUCAUUAGAUUCAGAGGGUGUAAAUGAAGAGGGCAAAUGUCUUGGUGAAAGCAUUAUAGAUUCAAACGAGGCUGGAAUUGGAAAAAUUUCUUACAACUUAAUUUCGUUGUUGGCUAUUACGACUGGACAACCUCAACAGUAUGAGCCACCGUUUUAUGCACCACAUUAUGACAGAGAAUAUCCCGAGCCAAACGCAUGUCUUAAUGAAGGUGCAACUAUUGGAUGUCAAGCUACUUCUGCUAGCGACUUUAUAGACGGUUUUCUGCAAGACAUUACAGACACUCUGGAUGAUUUUACUGACUACAGAAGAAGUGUAGCAGUCAACAGUGAUUCUUGUGCACGAUUAGAUAAUGCAGACGUCAAUCCUAAAUGGGAAGCUGUAAAAAAUGAAAUUAAUAAUUUCGUUGGUGUUGAUAGUGGAAAAUUAAGCGAACUUAUUCUGCGCAAUUCUGAAGCUGAAACGACAUUAUUCGAAGCAGUUGAAUCAACAGAAAAUUUGAUAAACGAUCUAAAUGAUUGUACUGAAGCCUUAGUUGAAGCUAUUAAACAAGAUGAUAUCGUACAAUUUUAUGGUUGUGAUGAUGGAAUUGUCUAUGAGGAUUCUGGAGAUUAUGACAGCUGUAAAGAUAGAGGCACUCAAUAUAUGAAUCUUCUUUAUAAAAAUUCGGUGACGAAAUUCUUUCAUAAAAGAAGAAACUUAUCGAAGGAACAGAAUGACAUCUUUGACCGACUUGUUAGCAAUAUUUUAACUACACAAAGUUUGAUUAAGCAGAGUUUGGAUGGUUUAGAAAAAAAUAUUUUGAAAAUAUCGUAUUCGAACAUGGGACUCCGAGUAAGUCUUGAUGGUGUCCAUUCAGAGUUAGAAGAAGCAUUUAAUCAAAACUUUACUAAUGACAUUAAUGAAAUUACUUCAACUAUUGAAUCGGUUCUAGCAAAUGUUGAAGAUCAAUUUAAAAUAAUACAUUUGACUAAUUCAGAAGGUAUUGCAAAUCAAGCAUUAACUUUUGUUGAAGAAAUGAUUGAUGAUAUGGAUAAAUAUGCUUGCUGUACAAAGUUUAUUAAUGAAACAAUUGAACUACAAAAGGAAUUUAAUUGCGACCUCGUAGAUUGUUUUGAUGACAAGGAAAAAGUGUUAAAUAACUUAGCUUUGAGCACGACCUUGUAUAUAGAAGACGUUGGUAAAACAUUCAAUAUAUUGAAUGAAGAGAUUGACACAUGCAUCCGCGUAAAAUGUACCAAUAAUAUUUGCUUAAGAAGGCGAAUGAAUCCAUCAGAUUUAGGAAAAAUGAUGAACUGUAUAUCAGCAGUCAAACGAGAUGUUGAUGAUCGCUACGUAGGUCUAAACUUACAAAUGAAGACCUUGAAAGAAAACAUAAUUACCAAUAGCAAUGAACUGAUUAACGACGCUGAUGCAUGUUCGCAAGAGAAAGCUCAAACAACCGAAAAUUCUCUAAAUAACAUGCACGAUAUAUAUUCUAUAUGCAAAGGCACAAAUUGCGAAACCACCACUACUACUACCACCGCUUCCACAUUGCCGCUAAGAAGUUUGGAAACUCCAUUAACUUUCAAAGCAUCUUUUAUAAUGGACACUCCAUUGGAAACGACAACAACUACACCUUUGGAAACGACAACUACAGCAUUGGAAACGACAACAACUACUCCAUUGGAAACGACAACAACUACUCCAAUAGAAACGACAACAACUACUCCAUUGGAAACGACAACAACCACUCCAUUGGAAACGACAUCAACUUCUCCGGUGGAAACGACAACAACUACUUCUGUGGAAACGAUAACACCUACUCUUGUGGAAACGACAACAACUACUCCAAUGGAAACGACAACAACUACUCCUGUGGAAACGGCAUCAACCACUCCAUUAGAAACGACAACUACUCCAUUGGAAACGACAACAACCACUCCAUUGGAAACGACAACAACUUCUCCGGUGGAAAUGACAACAACUACUUCUGCGGAAACGACAACAACUACUUCCGCGGAAACGACAACAACUACUCCAUUGGAAACGAAAACAACUACUCCAUUGGAAACGAUAACAACUAUUCCAUUGGAAAUGACAACAACUACACCUUCGGUUACGACAACAACUACUCCAUUGGAAAUGACAAAAACUACACCAUUGGAAACAACAGCUACUCCUGUGAAAACAACAACAACCACUCCAUUGGAAACGACAACAACUACUCCGAUGGAAAACACAACUACUCCAUUGGAAAUGACAACAACUACUCCUUCGGAAACGACAACAACUACUCCGUUGGAAACGACAACAACUACUCCGAUGGAAACAAUAACUACUCCAUUCAAAACGACAACUACUCCGAUGGAAACAAUAACUACUCCGAUGGAAACAACAACAACUACUCCGAUGGAAACAACAACUACUCCAUUGGAAAUGACAACAACUACUCCAUUCGAAACGACAACUACUCCAUUAGAAACGACAACAACUACUCCGUUGGAAACGACAACAACUACUCCAUUGGAAAUGACAACAACUACACCUUCGGAAACGACAACAACUACUCCGUUGGAAACGACAACAACUACUCUGAUGGAAACAACAACUACUCCAUUCGAAACGACAACUACUCCGAUGGAAACAAUAACUACUCCGAUGGAAACAACAACAACUACUCCGAUGGAAACAACAACUACUCCAUUGGAAAUGACAACAACUACUCCAUUCGAAAUGACAACAACUACUCCAUUCGAAACGACAACUACUCCAUUAGAAACGACAACAACUACUCCGUUGGAAACGACAACAACUACUCCAUUCGAAACGACAACUACUCCGAUGGAAACCAUAACUACUCCGAUGGAAACAACAACAACUACUCCGAUGGAAACAAUAACUACUCCGAUGGAAACAACAACUACUCCAUUGGAAAUGACAACUACUCCGAUGGAAACAACAACUACUGCAUUAGAAAUGACAACAACUACACCUUUGGAGACGACAACAACUACUCCAUUGGAAAUGACAACAACUACACCUUCGGAAACGACAACAACUACUCCAUUGGAGAUGACAACGACUACUCCAUUGAAAAUGACAACUACUCCAUUGGAAACGACAACUACUCCGAUGGAAACAACAACUACUCCGAUGGAAACAACAACAACUACUCCGAUGGAAACAACAACUACUCCAUUGGAAAUGACAACAACUACACCAAUGGAAACGACAACUACUUCGAUGGAAACAACAACAACUACUCCGAUGGAAACAAUAACUACUCCGAUGGAAACAAAAACUACUACUCCAUUGGAAACGACAACAACUACUCCGAUGGAAAAAACAACUACUCCAUUGGAAAUGACAACAACUACUCCUUCGGAAACGACAAACACUACUCCGUUGGAAACGACAACAACUACACCAAUGGAAACAAUAACUACUCCAAUGGAAACAACAACAACUACUCCGAUGGAAACAAUAACUACUCCGAUGGAAACAAAAACUACUACUCCAUUGGAAACGACAACAACUACUCCGAUGGAAAAAACAACUACUCCAUUGGAAAUGACAACAACUACUCCUUCGGAAACGACAACAACUACUCCGUUGGAAACGACAACAACUACUCUGAUGGAAACAACAACUACUCCAUUCGAAACGACAACUACUCCGAUGGAAACAAUAACUACUCCGAUGGAAACAACAACAACUACUCCGAUGGAAACAACAACUACUCCAUUGGAAAUGACAACAACUACUCCAUUCGAAACGACAACUACUCCAUUAGAAACGACAACAACUACUCCGUUGGAAACGACAACUACUCCAUUGGAAAUGACAACAACUACUCCAUUCGAAACCACAACUACUCCAUUAGAAACGACAACUACUCCAUUAGAAACGACAACAACUACUCCGUUGGAAACGACAACAACUACUCCAUUGGAAAUGACAACAACUACACCUUCGGAAACGACAACAACUACUCCGUUGGAAACGACAACAACUACUCUGAUGGAAACAACAACUACUCCAUUCGAAACGACAACUACUCCAUUAGGAACGACAACAACUACUCCAUUGGAAAUGACAACAACUACUCCAUUGGAAACGACAACUACUCCGAUGGAAACAACAACUACUCCGAUGGAAACAACAACUACUGCAUUGGAAAUGACAACAACUACUCCACUGGAAGCGACAACUACUCCGAUGGAAACAACAACUACUCCAAGGCAAACGACAACAACUACUCCGAUGGAAACAACAACUACUCCACUGCAAACGACAACAACUACUCUGAUGGAAACAACAACUACUCCAUUCGAAACGACAACUACUCCGAUGGAAACAAUAACUACUCCGAUGGAAACAACAACAACUACUCCGAUGGAAACAACAACUACUCCAUUGGAAAUGACAACAACUACUCCAUUCGAAACGACAACUACUCCAUUAGAAACGACAACAACUACUCCGUUGGAAACGACAACAACUACUCCAUUGGAAAUGACAACAACUACACCUUCGGAAACGACAACAACUACUCCGUUGGAAACGACAACAACUACUCUGAUGGAAACAACAACUACUCCAUUCGAAACGACAACUACUCCGAUGGAAACAAUAACUACUCCGAUGGAAACAACAACAACUACUCCGAUGGAAACAACAACUACUCCAUUGGAAAUGACAACAACUACUCCAUUCGAAACGACAACUACUCCAUUAGAAACGACAACAACUACUCCGUUGGAAACGACAACAACUACUCCAUUGGAAAUGACAACAACUACACCUUCGGAAACGACAACAACUACUCCGUUGGAAACGACAACAACUACUCUGAUGGAAACAACAACUACUCCAUUCGAAACGACAACUACUCCGAUGGAAACAAUAACUACUCCGAUGGAAACAACAACAACUACUCCGAUGGAAACAACAACUACUCCAUUGGAAAUGACAACAACUACUCCAUUCGAAACGACAACUACUCCAUUAGAAACGACAACAACUACUCCGUUGGAAACGACAACAACUACUCCAUUGGAAAUGACAACAACUACUCCACUGGAAACGACAACUACUCCGAUGGAAACAACANACGAUAGUCAAAUAAAAAGUUUUGAAAUUAAUGUGAAUAUCAUUUUAACAACCGCAAAUGACUUGGAGGCUCAAUGGAAUGAAUGCAAAUCAGCAACAACUACAACAACUGCUAGUAAUGCUUUUAAUUAUUAUAUGAUCAUUUUUCAUCAUAAUUUUCCCUUCCUUUUGUCAUUAACUAAAACAGUUAUUAUCAUAAACAUUGUCGUAAAAAUACAAGAGGAAAUGAAAAAUACACCCGGAGACCAUUGUGGCAUAGAUGAAGAAGUUUCCAAAUUAGCUGAAGAUACUAACAAUCUCAGGAUUCAAAUUCAGAUUGAUGUAUCUAUUGACGACAGUCAAAUAAAAAGUUUUGAAAUUAAUGUGAAUAUCAUUUUAACAACCGCAAAUGACUUGGAGGCUCAAUGGAAUGAAUGCAAAUCAGCAACAACUACAACAACUGCUACUACCACAACAACUCCAAUGGAAACUACAACAACAACAACUACUCCAUUGGAGACUUCAACUUCAACAACAAUUUCUACUAGUACUACCGUAAAUCCUCGCAUCACUGAAAUGAUUAAUACUUGCAGUAUUAUCAUAAACAUUGUCGUAAAAAUACAAGAGGAAAUGAAAAAUACACCCGGAGACCAUUGUGGCAUAGAUGAAGAAGUUUCCAAAUUAGCUGAAGAUACUAACAAUCUCAGGAUUCAAAUUCAGAUUGAUGUAUCUAUUGACGACAGUCAAAUAAAAAGUUUUGAAAUUAAUGUGAAUAUCAUUUUAACAACCGCAAAUGACUUGGAGGCUCAAUGGAAUGAAUGCAAAUCAGCAACAACUACAACAACUGCUACUACCACAACAACUCCAAUGGAAACUACAUCAACAACAACUACUUCAUUGGAGACUUCAACUUCAACAACAAUUUCUACUAGUACUACCGUAAAUCCUCGCAUCACUGAAAUGAUUAAUACUUGCAGUAUUAUCAUAAACAUUGUCGUAAAAAUACAAGAGGAAAUGAAAAAUACACCCGGAGACCAUUGUGGCAUAGAUGAAGAAGUUUCCAAAUUAGCUGAAGAUACUAACAAUCUCAGGAUUCAAAUUCAGAUUGAUGUAUCUAUUGACGACAGUCAAAUAAAAAGUUUUGAAAUUAAUGUGAAUAUCAUUUUAACAACCGCAAAUGACUUGGAGGCUCAAUGGAAUGAAUGCAAAUCAGCAACAACUACAACAACUGCUACUACCACAACAACUCCAAUGGAAACUACAACAACAACAACUACUCCAUUGGAGACUUCAACUUCAACAACAAUUUCUACUAGUACUACCGUAAAUCCUCGCAUCACUGAAAUGAUUAAUACUUGCAGUAUUAUCAUAAACAUUGUCGUAAAAAUACAAGAGGAAAUGAAAAAUACACCCGGAGACCAUUGUGGCAUAGAUGAAGAAGUUUCCAAAUUAGCUGAAGAUACUAACAAUCUCAGGAUUCAAAUUCAGAUUGAUGUAUCUAUUGACGACAGUCAAAUAAAAAGUUUUGAAAUUAAUGUGAAUAUCAUUUUAACAACCGCAAAUGACUUGGAGGCUCAAUGGAAUGAAUGCAAAUCAGCAACAACUACAACAACUGCUACUACCACAACAACUCCAAUGGAAACUACAACAACAACAACUACUCCAUUGGAGACUUCAACUUCAACAACAAUUUCUACUAGUACUACCGUAAAUCCUCGCAUCACUGAAAUGAUUAAUACUUGCAGUAUUAUCAUAAACAUUGUCGUAAAAAUACAAGAGGAAAUGAAAAAUACACCCGGAGACCAUUGUGGCAUAGAUGAAGAAGUUUCCAAAUUAGCUGAAGAUACUAACAAUCUCAGGAUUCAAAUUCAGAUUGAUGUAUCUAUUGACGACAGUCAAAUAAAAAGUUUUGAAAUUAAUGUGAAUAUCAUUUUAACAACCGCAAAUGACUUGGAGGCUCAAUGGAAUGAAUGCAAAUCAGCAACAACUACAACAACUGCUACUACCACAACAACUCCAAUGGAAACUACAACAACAACAACUACUCCAUUGGAGACUUCAACUUCAACAACAAUUUCUACUAGUACUACCGUAAAUCCUCGCAUCACUGAAAUGAUUAAUACUUGCAGUAUUAUCAUAAACAUUGUCGUAAAAAUACAAGAGGAAAUGAAAAAUACACCCGGAGACCAUUGUGGCAUAGAUGAAGAAGUUUCCAAAUUAGCUGAAGAUACUAACAAUCUCAGGAUUCAAAUUCAGAUUGAUGUAUCUAUUGACGACAGUCAAAUAAAAAGUUUUGAAAUUAAUGUGAAUAUCAUUUUAACAACCGCAAAUGACUUGGAGGCUCAAUGGAAUGAAUGCAAAUCAGCAACAACUACAACAACUGCUACUACCACAACAACUCCAUUGGAAACGACAACAACUACUCCAUUGGAAAUUUCAACUUCAACAACAAUUUCUACUAGUACUACCGUAAAUCCUCGCAUCACUGAAAUGAUUAAUACUUGCAGUAUUAUCAUAAACAUUGUCGUAAAAAUACAAGAGGAAAUGAAAAAUACACCCGGAGACCAUUGUGGCAUAGAUGAAGAAGUUUCCAAAUUAGCUGAAGAUACUAACAAUCUCAGGAUUCAAAUUCAGAUUGAUGUAUCUAUUGACGACAGUCAAAUAAAAAGUUUUGAAAUUAAUGUGAAUAUCAUUUUAACAACCGCAAAUGACUUGGAGGCUCAAUGGAAUGAAUGCAAAUCAGCAACAACUACAACAACUGCUACUACCACAACAACUCCAAUGGAAACUACAACAACAACAACUACUCCAUUGGAGACUUCAACUUCAACAACAAUUUCUACUAGUACUACCGUAAAUCCUCGCAUCACUGAAAUGAUUAAUACUUGCAGUAUUAUCAUAAACAUUGUCGUAAAAAUACAAGAGGAAAUGAAAAAUACACCCGGAGACCAUUGUGGCAUAGAUGAAGAAGUUUCCAAAUUAGCUGAAGAUACUAACAAUCUCAGGAUUCAAAUUCAGAUUGAUGUAUCUAUUGACGACAGUCAAAUAAAAAGUUUUGAAAUUAAUGUGAAUAUCAUUUUAACAACCGCAAAUGACUUGGAGGCUCAAUGGAAUGAAUGCAAAUCAGCAACAACUACAACAACUGCUACUACCACAACAACUCCAAUGGAAACUACAACAACAACAACUACUCCAUUGGAGACUUCAACUUCAACAACAAUUUCUACUAGUACUACCGUAAAUCCUCGCAUCACUGAAAUGAUUAAUACUUGCAGUAUUAUCAUAAACAUUGUCGUAAAAAUACAAGAGGAAAUGAAAAAUACACCCGGAGACCAUUGUGGCAUAGAUGAAGAAGUUUCCAAAUUAGCUGAAGAUACUAACAAUCUCAGGAUUCAAAUUCAGAUUGAUGUAUCUAUUGACGACAGUCAAAUAAAAAGUUUUGAAAUUAAUGUGAAUAUCAUUUUAACAACCGCAAAUGACUUGGAGGCUCAAUGGAAUGAAUGCAAAUCAGCAACAACUACAACAACUGCUACUACCACAACAACUCCAAUGGAAACUACAACAACAACAACUACUCCAUUGGAGACUUCAACUUCAACAACAAUUUCUACUAGUACUACCGUAAAUCCUCGCAUCACUGAAAUGAUUAAUACUUGCAGUAUUAUCAUAAACAUUGUCGUAAAAAUACAAGAGGAAAUGAAAAAUACACCCGGAGACCAUUGUGGCAUAGAUGAAGAAGUUUCCAAAUUAGCUGAAGAUACUAACAAUCUCAGGAUUCAAAUUCAGAUUGAUGUAUCUAUUGACGACAGUCAAAUAAAAAGUUUUGAAAUUAAUGUGAAUAUCAUUUUAACAACCGCAAAUGACUUGGAGGCUCAAUGGAAUGAAUGCAAAUCAGCAACAACUACAACAACUGCUACUACCACAACAACCCCAAUGGAAACUACAACAACAACAACAACUACUCCAUUGGAAUCAACAACAACUACUCCAUUGGAAAUAACAACAACUACUCCAUUGGAAACAACAACAACAACUUCAUUGGAAACAUCAACAACUACUCAAUUGGAAACAACAACAACUACUCCAUUGGAUACGACAACAACAACUUCAUUGGAAACAACAACAACUACUCCAUUGGAAACAACAACUACUACAUUGGAAACAACAACUACUCCAUUGGAAACAACAACAUCAACUUCAUUGGAAACAACAACAACUACUCCAUUGGAAACAACAACAACUACUCGAAUGGAAACAACGUCAACAACUCAAAUGGAAACUACUUCAACUACUGUAUUGAAAACGACUACCACUUUGCCAACUACCACAACAACAAUUGAUGAAGAUGAAGCCGCUCGUGAUGAAGUUUAUGUGCAAGUUUCAGAAAAUCUUCUUGAGGUCAACGAGUUGCAGAACAUAGUUGAAAAUUCUGAAGGAGAUACUUGUGGAUUGGGACCAGAAAUUUUUACUUUGUUAGAUAGAAUAAACUUUUUCAUGAGUAUAUUGAAUACUUUAAGCAGUGGUGAGGUAUAUCAAGAAGGAAGUGAAAUCAAUGCGGAGACAGAAAGAUUGAACAGUGAAUGGGAAACAUGUUUAAGUACAACGUAUACAUGUCCAUAUUGUUGGGAAAAUGAGUGGAAAACUACAGGAUUUUUCCUUGCUGCUUUUUGUCCAUUGUGUCAACCAGUUGGUCACUGUCCCGCAGGUUCACAUAUGAUUCAGCAUGACUAUGGAUUUUGGGGAAAAAAAUGCUGCUGUGAACUAUCUUAAGGAUGCAAAUAUGGAUAUUCAUCCAUGUGAACUUCUCAAUAUGCAAUUUGAAACUUUCUUAAUUUUGUAACAUUUACAUCAAUGAUGUCACAAUUUACAAUUUGCAAUAAAGAAAGUUAAGAAGAUA